AUGUGCUCGUCAAGCGCUUACUCUCCCGGCAGUUCGGAUUUUUCCACCUGUGCGAGGCGUCCAGACCCGCGCCCGUCGUCUCUCCACCCGCGAAGAAGAUCCGACGACGAAUCCGCCUUUACAGGAUCCGCCUGUUGCGCGCGCACAGCGUUGACGAGCUCGGCGCGAGGCCUUUCUGGUUCGUUUCCGGAAGACGCACUCGAGGAACUCGUGCGGUACAAGUUGUCCUACGCAGUGGAGGAGCGUCUCGCUCGCAGAAGGCACGGCUGUUUCCCUUGUGGAGGCUCCUCCUCACCGAGUGUGGCGAGGCACUCGAUUUCCGCGGAUAGCCUCUGUGAGCGUGCGCAGCGCGUGAUCCCACAGUUCUGCGAACAAGCGGCACGGCGACCGCACGCCUGUUCGUUUCCGCCCUCGGCGUACUUUGCGAACGACCCGCGUCUCGAGGACAGGAGAGGCGACGGCGAAGAGCCGCGAUGGUCAAAGGCGGUCUUCUCCGACGAGGAAAGCACGUCGGAGGACCGACAAACCACUUGCUCGUCCGUGUCAACGGAUUCGCUCAAGUCGCGUUUGGUGCCCGCGGCCAUCCUCCGCGCCUUGGCGCAGCCGCUCCCCCCUCCCAGGUUCUACGCAGAAGACGACGCGCAGGAACAAUUCUCCGCUCCGACUCUCGAGGCAGCGUAUGGACGGUCGCUGACGCUUCUCGAGCGCGCGCUCGCAGAGCCUCUCCCAGUGCGUCGGCCGUCGCGUACCGCCCGGUACGAAGCGCCGGAGCGGGAAGACGGCGCGUUCAGCGCGGCUGCGCGGUGCGUUGCGGAUCUUUGCUUCGAGAACCGAGUGCCGAGAACGGCGUUACCGCGGGAAGAGUUGGCCGUGAAACACGCGCUGGAGACGGCCGAGGAGCAAGAGGCGCCUCUGCCCAAAGUGAAAUCCGAAGCGCCGGAGAGGCCGAAUCUGGGGGGGAAACGGUAUCGGUCUCCGCCGUUCGUUGCGCAGUUCGACGACGCAGCGCCUCUCGAGGCCGAGAGCGAACUGGAGCGACGCGCGAAACGGCCGGUGUUUCAGCGGUGGGCGUGGGAAAACGAUCCGGAAUUCGUCAUCGACGACCCAGCGACGUGGACGAAAGAGUCUACCGCAAAGUAUAUGGACGACUUGAUUCUGCAUGGGCCGCCCCAGUGCGACUUCACGAAUUUCGUGCCGCCCCUCACGAACAAACGCCGGUUCUCGCUCAGAGAGCUCUUCCUCACGGUGGGCGGGAGACGCCAAGACCGGAAAUGGAUGCUGUACUCGCCGCGCUCGGACGCAGUUUUCUGUUUCCCGUGUCUGCUCUACUCGCCGAGAGUGUCGAAGUUUGUCAGUGAGGGGUUUUGUCUUUGGCGAAACCAAGGGAAGAGGUAUAGGGAGCACGAAACGUCUUCUGAGCACCGAGCAGCAGUGAUGAAACUCGACAUGAGGCGCAAGGCGAUCGCUGAGGGCUGUGUGCUUCCCGUGCUCCACAAAAUCGCGCGCAGCGGGCGGUUGCCUGUGGAGGAUCACCCCGCGCCUGUGUGA